AUGUCUACUGCCAGCAGACUUAGCAGGCUACCUCGCUCGAUUAAUCGACCACUGCAAUGCCCAUACGAGGGCAACACGCUGCUACAAAGCUCGCGUUUCAACAAGGGAACGUCAUUUCCCAACGAAGAGAGGGAUCUUUUCAAAUUGCAUGGACUACUACCGCCCAAUGUCCAAACUCUCGAUGAGCAAGUGCAGCGCGCAUACCAGCAAUAUAGCAGCCGAGGCGAUGACCUCGCCAAGAACACGUUCAUGGCUAGCAUGAAGGCACAGAACGAAGUGCUGUACUUCAAGCUAUUGCAAACCCAUCUCAAGGAAAUGUUUAGUAUCAUCUACACUCCCACUGAGGGUGAUGCCAUCGAAAACUAUUCGCGACUGUUCAGGAAGCCCGAGGGAUGCUUCCUCAACAUCCGCAAUCAGCACUCUAUUGACAGCCACUUAUCACGGUUUGGAAAUGAGGAGGAUAUCGAUUAUAUUGUCGUCAGCGAUGGAGAGGAGAUUCUAGGAAUCGGAGACCAAGGUGUUGGUGGAAUUCUCAUAUCUGUGGCCAAACUUGCGAUCACUACUCUCUGUGCUGGUAUUCAUCCUGCACGACAACUUCCAGUGGUUCUCGACUGUGGAACGGACAACGAAGGCUUGCUGAAAGAUGAGUUGUACUUGGGACUCCGUCAGCACCGAAUUCGGGGCAAGGAGUAUGAUGAUUUCGUGGAUCGCUUCGUCCAGAGUGCUCGGAAGCGUUUCCCCAAAGCCUACAUUCACUUUGAGGACUUUGGACUUUCCAAUGCGAAAAGAAUUCUGGAUAAAUAUCAGUCACAAAUUCCCUGCUUCAAUGACGAUAUUCAAGGUACUGGAUGUGUGACUCUGGCUGCCAUGAUGGCGGCUUUACAUGUCAGCCAAGUCCAGAUGGAGGAUGUCCGCGUGGUGAUAUUUGGCUCGGGUACAGCUGGAACAGGAAUCGCAGAUCAGAUCGCGGAUACCAUUGCGACAGAGACUCACAAGCCCAAGACCGAGGCUUCGAAGCAAAUUUGGUGUCUCGAUAAACCAGGCCUUCUUUUGAAGUCCAUGGCGGAGAAAUUGACUCCGGCUCAGACACCAUUUGCCCGAGAGGAUACUGAGUGGCCAGAAGGGAAAGAUAAUGACCUGCUAUCAGUUAUUCAAAACGUCAAACCCCACGUACUGAUCGGCACAUCCACGAAACCAAAGGCAUUUACGGAAGAAAUAAUCCGAGAAAUGGCCAAGCACGUGGAACGACCAAUCAUCUUUCCUUUGAGCAACCCGACUCGCCUUCACGAAGCCCAGCCAAAGGACAUCUACGAAUGGACAGACGGCCGAGCACUAGUUGCAACAGGCAGCCCUUUCCCACCAGUGGAGUUUGGUGGCGUGAAAUAUGAUAUUGCGGAAUGCAACAAUUCCACUUGUUUCCCUGGUAUUGGACUUGGUGCGGUUCUUUCACGCAGCCGACUUGUUUCGAAAAAGAUGCUUGUUGCAGCAGCGGAAGCACUUAAGGCACGCUCUCCGGCAUUGGAGGACCCGAACCGGCCUCUCUUACCUGAUGUAGAAGAUGUGCGAGAGAUAAGUGUGGAUAUAGCGGCUGCUGUGAUCAAAUGCUCAGUUAGCGAAGAUCUUGCACAGGAAGAAGGGAUUCCGUCUGAGGAUACUGAGCUUAGAGAAUGGAUCCGGGCACAGAUGUGGGAGGCUGUGUAUAGGCCUCUCGUAAAGCCACAGGCUUGA